AAAAGCUAGCCCGCCAAGCGUCAGUCCUCAGGUUCCCGCUACUGUCAAGAAAUCUUAUCAUCGUGUUGACAACUCAAUAACCAUCAAGAUGCCGACUCCAGCUAGAAAGGUUAAGUCACCGCCUUCAAAGAGCCGGGGCAAGUCUCGAAGUAGGAGCCGAAGUCGUGGUCGAUCCACGGGGAAGACGUCACGCUCAGCAUCCAAGUCCCCCGCCAGGACAAAGUCCAAGUCCCCAUCUAGGACACAGUCCAAGUCUCCGUCUAGAUCGUCACGGACCCGAGAGAGAACAACUGUCGUCAAGAAGGAAAUAGUGCUCACUCCUACCAGGCAGUCAACACGGAUUGCUGACCUUGUUGACCACGAGAAAAGAGUGUCCACAAGGUCCUCUGAGCUGUUAAAGUCUGAAGUCCGCAACAACAUGGCCGACAAGAAGGAAAAAGCAAAGCCUGCUGCCAAGACACGGGCAACAGAGUUUGGGGGCCCAGUAGGGGCUCUAUUCAUCACCCUGUCUCUGCCACUUUUCAUGUAUUGCAUCAACUUGGCAUGCACUAAGACCAAGUGCACCAUCCUAGAACUUCCAAAGUUCCCUAAAAACAUCUGGAUUCUGUUUGACAUGGAGGCCACACUGAUAUUUUUCGGCUGGCUAGCAUUCCAGGCUGUCCUAGCCAUGAUUCCUGUUGGUCGAGUCGUAGAGGGGCAGCCAUUACCUUCUGGGAAGCGUCUCAAGUACAGAUGUAACGGUUUCUUUGCCUUUGUGGCAAGUUUGAUCGCAUUUGGUAUUUGUGUGUACUUUGAUGCGCCACUUGUGAAAAUGGUUCAUGCCAAGUUCUUCCGCAUUAUGACGUCCGCCAUCCUGUUCAGUGUCAUCCUCAGCAUCUUCCUGUACAUCAAGGCAAGAGCUGUACCUGUGACCCAACUAGCACCAGGAGGAAAUACAGGAAAUGCUCUGUAUGACUUCUUCAUCGGUCAUGAACUAAACCCCAGAAUUGGCAGCUUCGACCUCAAGUUCUUCUGUGAGCUGAGACCAGGCCUGAUCGGCUGGGUUAUUCUCAACUUCAUCUUCGUGCUGAAGGCAUACCAGGACACCGGAGCUUUCCCCCCUGCACUGACUCUAGUGGUGGCUUUCCAGACGCUCUACGUCGCUGAUGCUCUCUGGUUUGAGGAUGCCAUCCUAACCACGAUGGACAUCAUCCAUGAUGGGUUUGGCUUCAUGUUGGUGUUUGGAGAUCUGGCCUGGGUACCCUUCCUCUACUGCCUCCAGCCCCGCUUCCUCCUGGACAAUGACCCCAAGCUGGCCUGGUACUCUCUAGCCGGGAUCGCUCUUCUCAAUGUGUUCGGUUACAUGACCUUCAGACGGGCUAACUCUCAGAAGAAUGAAUUCAGGAAAAACCCAUUCCAUCCAAGUCUUGCAGAUUUGGAAUCCAUCCCCACGUCGUCAGGGAAGCGCCUGCUGGUUGGAGGUCUAUGGGGGAUGUGCAGAAAGCCAAACUACCUCGGAGACCUGAUGAUGGCACUGGCCUGGUCCCUGCCUUGUGGUAUGUCCAUCAUCCCGUACUUCUACCCUGUGUACUUCGCGAUCCUCCUGGUGCAUCGUGAACGGCGGGACGGGGCCCAAUGCCAGAAGAAGUAUGGCUCGAGCUGGAACCGCUACUGUGAACGGGUCCCCUACCGAAUCAUUCCAUACGUCUACUGAGCCAGUCAUCACCGUCUGAUAAUGCUCAAACCUAACCUUCAAUGUGGUGUUGCACCCAGGCAUGGAUGGCCUGUCAAAUUACAUGUGAAUUUUUAAAAAAAAAAUUCAUCAUAGAAAUAUGAAGGACAUGGUUGAUGUUUUUUCGGUACAAAUCAGCACCUGUAUUCUCAACUGUAAAGUGAUACACAAUUAAACCAUUGCUUCAGAUUGAGUUUUGACAUGCUACAUUAACAUUUCCUCAGUGCAUUUAAUUACAGAUUAUAGGAAUACAAAACAAACUGUUAGGGUUGAAGCUUGCAUCACAUCAGAUGGUUUAGUGAUGGUUAAAUCAAAUCAGAACUUCAGUUGGCAAUUCCUGGAUGCAACACUGUCACAAUUAAUAUUUCUUUUAAAACUAUUUGCAGCUUACCAGGGAGGAAAAUCAAAGGACAUGGAGAUGAUAAUAUCUUUAAUUGCAGCACUAUUUUCAGAUAUUUUAUGACUUUUAAAAAUAAGAUUCAAUAUACAGUAAACUUUAUUUUUAAUGCAAAUAAUUUUAAAUGCUUGAAUAUUGAUGAUUAGAGCUUAUUUGCCAUAGGGAUAUUUUAAAUGAUACACUGAGUGCUAUUUGUUGAUGAAGUUUCUGUCUUGUUUAAAAUUUUAACUUCUUAGAAUAUAUCGGUAGUUGAUAGAAAUUUUAUUAGAAUGUUAAUCACAUCAUUAUACACCAUUGGCAAUCCUGGUGAUAUUGCAAUAAUUUCUCGCAUCACUGCCAGCGUGUACUGGUAACAUUAAAUACUGUCAUGGCGUAAAUUAUUCAUAAUUGAGGAUGAAAUGCAAAUGACUUUUGUUUCAGCUGCUUUUGCUCAACUGUUGAUUUCAAGUAUUAAAUGGGAGUAACAACAUUAAAACAGUUUACAUUUUCAUUACCAUUCAUUGAAAUAAUGGCAAUACCUGUCUAAUAAGUCAUGCUCCGUACCUCCAUCAUUGCAAUCCAUGUAAAUAGUUUAUCAUAUUUGUACAUAUUUCAUGUAUAGUGUGCGUAAUGUAUUUGUUCCAGUUUUUAAACAUAAGUUCUGCUCUGGAUGGCGUGGGUACUUAAUUGAUCUUCUCAUAUUUGGUUAUAAUGUUUAAAAUCCCUUUUAAAUUGAAUUUUUAACUAAAUUUCGGAAUGGACCUUUUUAGACUUUUGUGAUUUGUUUUUGUUAACUCUCCAUUUUGAUGGAAAACAGCUACUUUUUAAUGUAUAUAUUUGAUAUUUAAAAUAUUGAAUGUUUCAUUAGUUCAAGCUUUGUCCUAGACUCAAUGUUGUCCACUUGCCAAAGUAGUCCUAGGUUCCAACUCCUGUAUGUGAACAAUCAAUCUUGUCACAUUUUCAUGGCUCGUAGUUCUGUCAUUGACAUGAUUUUCAUGAUCAUUUAAACAUGAACACAAGCUUUCUAUUAUAAAACAAGUGCCUCUGCAAACUGCAACUGCUUUUCCAUUAACAUAUGUCUUGAAACGAAUCGUUGAUGUCAGUCAUGUAUUGUGUUAUUUGUAUGUUCACCAUUUACAAAAUUUUCUCUUUAUAGUGUUUGAAAUUAAGAAGUCAAAGGGUCCUUGUCAUAAUCCUCAUGUGAAAGCUUAAUUCUUUGGCCCAAAUCCUUGAGGACCCAUGGACCCCCCUUAAUUUCUAGCACUGUCAUCUGAAUUCUGUUUGUUGACGACACAACACAUCCCAACUAGUGCCUUGAGCAUUCCAAGCCAAGAAAACCAAGCUAGAUCUUCAUUGCCCUGCAGAUACAAAAGCUCCUUUGUUAACAGAUUUCAAAAUAAAGCCUAUUUAAUUUUUUCUCAAUUCAAAUAAUUAUUUAUUAUUAAUUUUUUGUGAUGACUUGAUGAAUGUCUGUAGGGUGAGUGUUUGAGAUGGGCUGUUUUUUCUCGGAGGAAUCAUUCCUUGCUGGUUAUGAAGCUAUACCUGCAUUUCCUGCUGUUUCCACUGCCAUGUUGUUAUCCAGGCCAUGCAGACACCCAGCAUUACCACCACCACCACCACUAUCAUGUACAUCAGUAUUACAUCAAUAUCCACUGUACGCUGUGUAGACCAGUUGCAUGGGGUUCGUCACAGGACGGGCGGUGGGGUAGCCGAGGGAGACUAUGUUCUGUGAUAGCUGUGGAGCUUGGACAUUGUGUAAGUAGGGUCAUGAACUGCUCAAUUGGUUUAUUAUUUAGACCUACCAGACCAAGAAACUGUCAUUUAAGGGAUGUUCAUCAAAUGUGUUUGUACUGCCAAUUCACCAAUACAUAGUUUAACACAUUCACUUGUUGCAAUGAAGUCUUGUGUUUGAUUUCCAACAUGGCUCCUAGUGCAAAGCUCAAUUCUGAUAUCCCCUGCCAGGAUAAUGCUGCUGUAGUGGCUUAAAACCCAACUUGCUCAUUUUCCAAGAUAUUUCAAGAUUUCAAGUUUUCAGACCCACUGCUCUUAAUAAGCAUGUUAAGUAUGUUUGGCCAAGUGAGAACUAAGAUAUGCUUUCAGAAGAACAUUAGAUUUCUGGUAGAUGACAGUACAUCAUAAUUGUAUAAAGGUUUCUACAAGUUGUUAACCAAUGUAAUUUCAGUGUGCACUUGGUCUUCACAGCUGACAGUGGCCAUAUACUCCAAUAUAAGUAUGUAUGCCAUUUCUUGUGUAUCAUCAUGGCAUAUUGUAAUGUGUAUGUUAUGCAUACUGGAUAAAUCAUACAUGUGUAAUGAAUCAAGUUACGAACAUCUUUAGAAAAUAAAAAUAGAUUUUUAUUAAAAGUA